AUGAUAAGUCAACAAGCAAUUUUAUUACUACUGUGCACAGCUGCUACUUGUGUCCUCGCGUUCUGUCCAGCAUUUCUGAAAAACCAAACAGCCUGCACUUGUUUCGCAUAUAUCGACGGUAUUGUAAUCAGAUGUAAUGGCCAGGAUGGCCCGGCGGUGGUGGAACAGCUCAAAAAGACGCCCAUUGAAAUUCGCGAACUGGCACUCGAAAAUGCAAAUAUUGUCGAGAUUGGGCGAAAUGCAUUCAAAAAUCUACGCAUAAAGAAGUUAAUUCUGGACAACAAUCGCAUUCGUGCACUGCAUCCGGACGCAUUCCGGGGCUUGGAAUCUGCCAUGCUUGAGCUAUCAAUCUCCAAAAACAAGCUUACUGCUAUUCCAACUGAUUCGCUAACUGCGAUGCGUGCCCUGAGUGUUCUUAGUCUUCGCUGUAAUAAUAUUGGUGAUAUCAAGACACCAGUUUUCCGCAACAUGUCCAGCUUGAUUGAUUUGAAUCUCGGAUGCAAUCAGAUUUGCAACAUCGAAGGGCCAGUUUUCAAUGACGUAAAGAAUACGCUACAAAAUCUUAUCCUGGAUAAUAAUUGCCUAUCGUCGGUACCUUCCGAAUCAAUCCGCAAUUUGGACAGUCUAAUCGGUCUUCACAUCAAAUACAAUCAGGUUAGUAAUUAUGUUGAUUUCUGUGAUUGCUUGUGA